CACGGAACUCCUUGACUUUUUUCUUCAUUGAUAUGAACAUGAAUAACGAUGAUAGUCCAAUCCCCAUUGAAUUAUUACUAUAGCAGAAAUUAGAAAUUUCGCUUUCUCUCUCUCGGAGUUUUCAGCAUGUAAGAUAGCCAAAACGGUUCACAGCUAGAUUACAUACAGCCCUAAAGCCAUGGACCAUUCAGUCUUUACAGACAAGGAAAUGCUCGGUGGUGUACGCUCAGACGAUGAUAUAUGGGCUCGCUGUGCUAAUAUCAUCAUCACACUUCUUGAGGAUUGCUUCUUUGAAGAGGAUCAGCAAAGACCCAAAAAGACAAAACGGGUUCCCGAAAUGGACAACAGCAAAGAUCGCGUGAAUGACUUGUUACGAUCCACCAAAGAGCCAUUUCUGCUGGAAAUGGGAUUUGCUUCCGUCAAACGUAAACGCAAUUUCUGUGACGAGUUGCGCGACAAGAAAACGCAAAAACUGUCGUACAACCUGGCCAACGAUAUCGCCCGGAGCUUGUCCAUGACCGACAACGAUCCCGAACGCAACGGCAAUGAAGACGAUAUUGAUAUGAAACCUUCCUCGUCCGACACCGCCGCGUCCUACACUUGCCGAAAGAUUGUCCGUUCCCCUGUCAUACGCCGCUCGUCCUCCAAUCGUGGCUCGCCCGCGCCAUCCGAUGAUAACCAUCAUAUGGAUGAAUCCUCUUCGGCCGACUUGACGCCUAUACCUACGUUGCGUCGUAUUUCUUUGAGCGGAGCGAUGAAUCUCAAUCGGUCGAUCGAUCUGAGUCAAUGGUUAGCAUUGCAGGCGCAAAGGGAAGGUCUGGGCAUCCAAGAGUAUAAGCAACUAUUUGAAGAAAAGCAGAGUCAGUUACAUCAAUUGCUCGCCGAUUUAAACACGACGCAUGACUCCCAAGCGGAUGGACAGCGAUUUCACGAUAUCAAAGCCAAACUGGGCCAGAUCCUUAAACUCGCAGACGAAAUGAGCGGUGACCAUUCACUGUGUUUUACCGAAAUCUUUCCCGAGUGGAAAGCGUGUGAAGGACGAAUCAAUAAAAUUGCAGCAUACGUUCAGUCUAUCGAAGAUAUGAAUCACCUGGUAGCUACAGCGAUACCUCGCAGCAACGAUCUGCUGCAUGAUAUCAAGUACCUGCAUUCUAUUUUGGAAAUGAAGAUCAAUUUAUUCGGUGAUAACCUGGUGCAGCACGGUUUGGAAUGGAAAGCCAUGGGAUUGCCCGUGGACGAUGACCUUUUGCUGGCUGUCAAACGCUACUUUUUCAAUAUUUGUGAUGUUUUACUAAACGAACUCCAUCUGGCAUGUUCUCAACUGCCACUGAAUCGCACCCCCGACAAAUCCUCCCCUGAACCCUACACCAUAGAAAAGCUUAUCGAAUGCAUACUAUUGGGCCUUGAAUUUACCAGCAACACCAUUGCAUUUAUUGGAUAUUCUUCGUCCAUUCUGAUAUUUAAAAGUCGGAUUUUGGCCCUUAUAUGUGGCCAAUGGAUUGCCGACAGUUUGGCGGGCCUGAACAAAUUGCAAGUGGACCGACCCACUUUUGGGAAUAAGCCGGCAGCUCAGCGAUCGAUUCGCAUCGAUAUUCGACUCAUGCAGCUACUGGAAAGUAUGACGCGCGUGCUUUCGUCACUGGAUACGCUUCAAGAAACAGACAUUCAAGCCGAUUUUCACGAUGAGGAACCCGCCAUGGUAUCCAACGGAGAAGCCUUGCAUCUUUUAGAAAAGUUUUCUUUGGUACUCGUCGAUAUAACCAUCAAUGCAGUGGCUGUGAUUGAAACGAGUCGAAACAUUCAAGACCCGGCCCAUGCAGCGAGUAAAUCAGCCAACAUCAUGUCGAAUCCCCAAAUGGCUUAUCUGUACAUGGAAGAAUCUCUAUUAUCUUUUGCCGAUAAAGUCAUUGAAUUAGCCGGACGAGAAACCAUCGAUGGCCCCCAAAUUCAGCGAUUACAUUCUUAUUUAGAAGAGAUAGAAGAAAACUUGACAUCAUGAUCCUACUUUUUAUGAAUUUUUGAAUGAUUGAUCUAGCUUAUUUUUUGAGAUUCCCAUUUGUCCCCUUUCGCUCGAAAAUCGAUUUGAGAAGGCGCAUAUUCAUAAACAAGCAACACAUCACCCGUGUGUCAAUCUGUGACGGCUAUUUCACGCACCCGGCAUCGAGGCCCUUAAAACUACAACUCUUCUCGACCAAGGUGUCUUCAAUGUGAAAGAUCGGUCACCCUGUUUCGAGCGUCAUCAUCACUUUCACAAACAAUCCAAAAACGGCAGGGAUAGUCUCAUCUGUUGUCAUCCGAUCAUGAAUUUCCACGCCCAUUUUAGGUAAUUCCAUGAUUUCCCAAUAACCCCCGGGAUUAUCCGACCCAAAAAAAGUCAUG